AUGGCCGGUAACUAUUUUCAGAAAGCGCACUUGGUUGAUUUUUUCAAGCGCUUUAGGACGAGCAAGUUGCAGCAACAGACAAGAACAAUAUGCAAGCGGGAUGCGGAAGAUAAUAGAAGAAUUCAAAAGGUGUCUGGUCUCUGGCAAUACGUUGGCUGGAGUUACUAUCGCAGACAAAUACAGAAAACAAUGGGACGAUUAUUCGAGGUGCCAGCGACAGGAAGACGUUCGCUGAGGCGAGCAAAGAGAAAUGUUUUGCAAUUAUUGGCUGACUCUAGAAAACAAAUACAGGAUAUGUUUCAAAAUGAACAGUCAAUCAAGGCAAAACUUCAACCGAAUCAACAGUCUCUUAGCAUAGAUUCAGUAUCAAUGAUGGAGAAAGGUAAAAUUCGAGAAACGGCGAGCGACCCACAGUUUAAUCCGGAAAGACGAGCCAAAGAUAUUCUGUCGCAGUAUAAUCGGGAUACCACAUUCGAAUACGAGCAAUGCUUUACAGGAAGGGCAACGAAUAACUUAAUUUAA